AUGGCUAGCAACAAAAAGAUUGAACUCUAUAUCCCAAGACACUGUUCCGUUACUCAUACUUUGAUCGCUGCCGAUGAUCAUGCUGCUGUUCAAAUUUUAGUUCCACACGUUAAUGAAAAUGGUGUUAUUUUACCAGAAUCAACUGUUUACACUGUUAAAGGAAGUGUCAGAAAGGAUGGUAUUUCUGAUCAUUCACUUAAUAGACAAUUCCAAAAGGACGGAUUCCUUAAGACCGUUGUUCCAAAGAACAUGAUGAUCUAA